UCCUUACCGGAAGUGGGCUGUCAUUCCAGCCUGUGUCCUUUAGCUAACGACACAUCGAAGUGUGCCCAAGAUGAAUUGGGUUGUACUUGAUGUGUGAAUUUUAAAUGUAUUCUUGUCGUCUCGCUGUUAGGAACAGCGCCAUGUUGCGUGUUGGCAGUAAAGCUGGAUGCAUGGCAUGCAGGAUUGUGGUCCCCACCAGGACGGGGGUACGGUUUCGGGUCCCCCUUCAGAAGCUGCACCCUCUGUACCGUGCCAUCCACCACCGUUACUAUGGAAACGGCAACUCGCAGCGACCCCCUCAUCGCACGGCGGCCCGUUAUUUCACCUCCAUGUCACGGUUGCCCAUGAGACCGCCGAAGCCCCCUCCGAGGUCCGGUGGGGGUCGCGGCUACCAGCAGCAACGCAACUUUUGGGUGGCCCGACUCGCUGCCAGGCUGCUGCGACUGCGGUACAUCCUGCUAGGCGGCGCGGUGGGCGGAGGAUACACAGCUAAGAAGACGUAUGACGAGUGGAAGGACAUGCUGCCUGAUUUGAGCGAAUACAACUGGCUCGUUCCGGACUUUGUGUGGGAGCUCAGCCAACAAAUUGAUCUCGAAAAACUAGCCAAAGCGCUACCAGAGAUGGAGGAAAUUGCCAAACUAAUGCCUGACUUUGACAAGAUAGGAGAGAACUUCACUUUGCUCCGAAGCCUGCUGACCUCCGGUUUGAGUUUGGGUAGUGAAGUCAAAGGAGCUUCUGGUCUGCUUCUGUUGUUAGAAACAUCUGGGGAUCCGCCAUUAAAAGCCACAGACUCUUCCACCGCGGCGUCGCAAGAUGACAAGCAGUACAAAAAGGGUCUGCUCGGCGAGCUCGUUCUUAUUCAGCAGCAGAUCCAGCGGCACGAGGAGGAGGUCCGGCGGGCAGCUGCGGCCAAUUUUACGCGUCCCCCGCCGCCAGAGCCUGCUCCCAGCCCGCCUUCGAACCCCAGCCCCCCUCAUCACGCACGCAAGUCUUCAGAUAAAGAAAAGAUAGACCAGCUCCAAGAGGACCUGCUCCGCACCCAGCUGAAAUACCAGCGUAUGCUGGAGAGACUGGAGAAAGAGAACAAGGAGUUGAGGAAAGUGGUUCUGCAAAAAGACGAUAAAGGGAUCCACCAAAGGAAAGUGAAGAAAUCCCUUAUUGAUAUGUAUUCAGAGGUUUUGGACAUCCUGUCUGACUAUGAUGCCAACUACAACACCCAGGACCACCUACCAAGGGUGGUUGUGGUGGGCGAUCAGAGUGCUGGGAAGACCAGCGUCCUGGAGAUGAUAGCUCAGGCCAGGAUUUUUCCCAGAGGGUCUGGAGAGAUGAUGACACGUUCUCCAGUUAAGGUGACUCUGAGUGAAGGCCCCCACCAUGUCGCUUUGUUCAAGGACAGCGGGCGUGAGUUUGACCUCAGCAAGGAGGAAGAUCUGGCUGCUCUGAGGCAUGAAAUCGAGCUGAGGAUGAGGAAGAGCGUGAAAGAGGGGCAAACAGUCAGCUCUGAGACAAUAUCCUUGAGUGUGAAAGGCCCCGGCAUCCAGCGGAUGGUGCUUGUUGAUUUGCCAGGUGUCAUCAGUACGGUGACUGCGGGCAUGGCAUCGGACACCAAGGAGACCAUCUUCAGCAUCAGCAAGGCCUACAUGCAGAACCCCAAUGCCAUCAUCCUCUGCAUACAGGACGGCAGCGUGGAUGCCGAGCGCAGCAUCGUCACCGAUUUGGUCAGUCAAAUGGACCCGCACGGGAAGAGGACCAUCUUUGUGUUGACCAAAGUGGACUUGGCCGAGAAGAACCUGGCCAGCCCGAGCAGAAUCCAGCAGAUAGUUGAGGGGAAGCUGUUUCCCAUGAAGGCCCUGGGAUACUUUGCAGUGGUGACCGGAAAAGGGAGCAGUGGGGAAAGCAUUGACUCCAUCAAGGACUACGAGGAGGACUUCUUCCAGAACUCCAGAUUAUUGCGGGACGGCAUGCUGAAGGCCCAUCAGGUGACCACAAAGAACUUGAGUCUGGCCGUCUCGGACUGCUUCUGGAAAAUGGUGCGGGAGUCUGUUGAGCAGCAGGCUGACGUCUUCAAAGCAUCCCGCUUCAACCUGGAGACGGAGUGGAAGAACAACUACCCUCGUCUGAGAGAACUGGACCGGAAUGAACUUUAUGAAAAGGCCAAGAAUGAGAUCUUGGAUGAAGUCAUCAGCUUGAGUCAAGUGACGCCGCAGCACUGGGAAGCAAUCCUGCAAAAGAAGCUUUGGGAGCGCGUGUCCACCCACGUGAUUGAGAACAUCUACCUGCCCGCCGCGCAAACGAUGGACUCCGGGACCUUCAACACCACCGUGGACAUCAAGCUCAAGCAGUGGACCGACAAGCAGCUUCCACACAAAGCUCUGGAGGUUGCCUGGGAGACUCUGCAGGAGGAAUUUGCUCGCUUCAUGGCCGAGUACAAAGGCAAAGACCAGGAUGACAUUUUUGACAAGCUGAAGGAGGCCGUGAAGGACGAGAGCAUCAAGAGGCACAAGUGGAACGAGAGGGCCAUGGACAGCCUGCGGGUGAUCCAGCACAACGCCCUAGAAGACCGCUCCAUCACAGACAAGCCCCAGUGGGAUGCUGCCAUCCAGUUCAUGGAGGAAACCCUGCAGUCACGCCUGAAAGACACUGAAACGGUAAUCGCAGACAUGGUGGGUCCAGACUGGAAGCAGAGGUGGCUGUACUGGAAGAACCGAACACCAGACCAGCACAUCCAUAAUGAAACCAAAACGGAGCUGGAGCGCUUACUGAAGUUGCACGACGAGCACACGGCUUACCUGGCCAACGACGAGGUCACCACGGUCAGGAAGAACCUGGAAGGACGAGGCGUGGAAGUGGACCCCAUGCUGAUCAAGGACACUUGGCAUCAGCUCUACCGACGCCACUUCUUACAGAAGGCCCUGUCCCACUGUAACCUCUGUAAGCGCGGCUUCUACUACUACCAGAGGCACUUUGUUGACUCUGAGCUGGAGUGCAACGACGUGGUCCUGUUCUGGAGGAUCCAGAGGAUGUUGGUGAUCACAGCCAACACGCUACGACAGCAGCUCACCAACACUGAAGUGCGCCGACUGGAGAAGAACGUCAAGGAGGUGCUGGAUGACUUCGGAGAAGAUACAGAGAAGAAGUCUCACCUCAUCACCGGUCGCCGUGUCCAGCUGGCCGAGGAUCUCAAGAAAGUACGUGAAAUCCAGGAGAAGCUUGAAGCCUUCAUAGAAGCUCUACACAAGGAGAAAUAAUGAAAAAAAAAAGUGGAAGCGUUGCAAAGUAAAGGUUGUUUUGCACUGAAUAGGCAAAGUAGAAAAUGACUAUUGUGACUUUGUGGCCGUGACAACGCCCACGCCCCCUGACGCCCCUCCCACGUGGAUGCGAAAAUGGACCUCAAAGGAAGAACGGCAACAUAUGCCAGGCGCUUUUUCUUGGAUUACAUCCUUUUUUUUUUUUUCCUUGGAAACUGUCCUGUGCACCAAAACAUUGCAACGCGGAAGCAAAUCCGACCGCACGUUGAACAGUCGUCACGUUUCGUUGCCUUGUGUUGAACCUUCAAGCUUUGCAUCGCAUUUAUCAACCACCACAUGGACAAUUAUUUCCGCUGGACUGGAAUUGACGUCACACACUUACUCGUUAAUUAUGUCAGUGGAACCCGCUUAUGUCGACAACCCGUCUUAUCAACGUUUUUUUUUUUUUUUUUUUA